GGUUGGUAUUAGUACAAUGGGAGUAGGAGAGGUGGCAUACGCCAAUUCAAACUUAGUAGUUACUACGGUGAGAAAUGAAACAUGAACUUCAAAUUAAAGUUCGUAUGGUGCUUUGACGGAAUGAACCGACAAUGCCUUUGUGAAAGCUUGCUUCAACGUUUGUUUAAAUACAACAUGACGUUAUAUUAAGCAAGUUUUUGUGAUGCUGUGCUCAUAUUUUCUUUGCAACGUUUUGCAUUACUUGGCCAGAUGAUUGGAUUAUGGAUGAAAUUACAGCGUCAGAAAAUAAUGAUAUUGGUAUGGAUAAAUCCACUGUGAUGCUACCAUCUGUCGCAAGUGACAUUGAUGUAUUAACAAAUGAUGUUAGUAGCGAUUCAGAAAACAACCAUCAAUAUUCCACAGGUAAAGAUGGCGAUAAUUCGAUUACAGGCCAGAGUGAAUCUGGGGAAAAACUGAACUCAAUGGAAGGAAAAUUGAACUUGAUCGAAGGAGAAGCCAACCGCAAUUCAAGUGCAGGGGAUGUGAAAGGAUCAAUUGAACAGCACGUGAACAACAUGUCUGAUGGUAGUGAGAGUAUUACUGAUGGACGGGAAACGGAGGAAGUGUUAAAACAGAAAGAACCCAGUUUGAAUACGAAUUCUGAGUUUGAAGAGUUAGGGAUGCCAAUUUCACCAAUUAGAGCAAUGGCCAAAAAUGAUACCCCAACUGAGCCUUCAUCUGAUUUUGUGACGUCAGAAAAGACUAAUUUAUCGGUGGAUUCCUCAAAAAUGAUCCCAAAUUCGGCCAGAAAAAACAUGGAAAAUCUGAACAUGAUGUCGCCUUCAGAUUUCGAAGCAACUCUAGCAAAUGCUGAUUCAAAAAGUUGCAAUGAGCCGAAAGUUCAUUCGGAUACCACACGAGCGGACAGUGUGUCAAGUGGCAUCUUUUCUCUAGUAUCGGCUGAUUCGACUACCAACUCGGCAUCCCUGUCGCCCGCUUCUUCCACGAGUAGUGUUGAAAUGAUGGAUCUGGAGCUGAACAAACUGAAGACUUCAACUAAAUUCUCCUAUGCUACUUUGGUGGCUGUUUUACUCGGUGACACAUGUCGGCUGAAAGUGGACAAUAAAGAGGUACUUCUGCCGAGUGGGGAGGAGUGUUCUAAGCUGCACGAGAAGUACUUGAGGGAGUUCCUGCAUGGCUUGAAGAACCACCUGGAACUACCGGAGAGCAUAGAACAGACACUCUACUCACACGCACUUGAAUCUUGUUCGACUGCAAAAGUGGAGGAUGGCAUGGCUAUCAUAGAAGAUUACGUGCAAUGUAUCCUUAUGGAUCCCCAUUUUGAGUUCUUGAAAGAGCAGAAAGCGUCAUCCUCAACCAAAACUUCUGAUUCACAAGCUGAUUUGACAUCAGCAGAGAAGAAGGAAACGUCGUCAGCUGAUGAUUCAGGUUACAAGGCACAGAAGGAAGAUAAUAUGUCAUCGAUAUUGGUUCUAGAUUCGUUGCAGGUUUCAAUGAGGAAAGGAACCUUCGAUGCCCGAUCAAGAGAGCUGUGCAUGCGUUUGAGCAAGUCGCUCGGAUUCUCCCAGGCAGACUACGAGAUACACGAGGCAUCCUUCGUGGACUUCAUGCAGAGUGCAGCUGAACAGUACCAGAUGUCGACUGAGGAGAAGAAGGCACAAGAGGCAUCCAAGAAGAAAAGCAAGAGGAAAAGGUAUUUUGCGAUUGGAUUGGCAGCUGUGGGAGGGGGAGCACUGAUUGGAUUGACAGGGGGACUGGCGGCACCCUUCGUCGCAGGUGGCAUCGGGGCUCUGAUUGGGGGCGCGGGUGCUGCUUUCAUGGCGUCCACUGCGGGACUGGUGGUGAUCACGAGUAUCUUCGGCACUGGAGGAGCGGGACUCGUUGGCUACAAGAUGAAGAGAAGGGUGGGAAAUGUGGAACAAUUCGAAUUCACUUCUCUCUCGGACAAAGUUGGUCUACACGUGGCCAUCGCGAUUCCCGGCUGGUUGCGAGAGGGAGAGGUCAUUUCUCAGCAGUGGGCCGCCUUGGACAUAUCACCCGAACAGUACUGUCUACUCUGGGAAACCAAGUACCUGUUGGAGUUGGGAUCCAGUCUGCAGUACUUGAAGGACAUGGUGGUCAAUGCGGCCAUGAGCCAGGCUCUGAAGCUCACUGUGCUCAGCAGUGUCAUGGCAGCCAUAGCAUGGCCAGCAGCUCUCCUCAGCGCAUCAUCAGUCAUUGACAAUCCAUGGUCAGUGGCCAAUAGUAGGUCUGUGCAAGCUGGUAAGCAGCUGGCAGAAGUGCUGCUCACCCGGCAACACGGCUGUCGUCCGGUCACGCUGGUAGGGGUCAGUCUGGGCGCCAAACUCAUCUACCAAUGUCUCGAAGAAAUAUCAUCCAGAGGUGCUUCUGCUUUGGGCAUAAUCCACAACAUAGUGCUCAUUGGUGCUCCCUGCAGUGGCCGGCCAGAAGACUGGGUCAAACUGGCUCCUCUCAUAUCAGGACAAGUCAUCAAUGCUUUCUCACAAGGCGACUGGAUGUUGAAGUUCAUCUACCGCUCCUCCUCUCUAAGGGCCAAAAUAGCAGGAUUAGGACCCAUUCCACUGGAGCCAAAAAUUGUCAACAUAGACCUCACAGAAGUCAUUCAGGGACAUCUGGACUACCUGGAACGGAUGCCAGAAGUACUCUCAUUUUGCGGGGUCAAGUGCAAAGCGGUCAAGCAGAUGCUGAACAAGUUUUCACUUAGUGGCAAAAAUUUGGCGUUGGAGUCAGGCGAAACAGCAGGUUCUUCAGCAUCAAAAUCAGAAAAGGAAACCUCAAAAUCAAUGAGAAACUCCACUUCUUUUAGUAAUGCUAAAACAAACAAAACGACUGAUGGCAGCGAAAAAAUUGUGAAAAGCAGUUCUUAUAAUUAGAGACAUAUACUGUUUCAUAUCCAUAAGUUUGCCUCAAAUUUAUGGCAGCUGUAAAUUCGGCCUAUCUACGUGUAAAGAUAGUUAGAAUCGGUUUUUAUCUUGAUGGUGCUGUAUGCUCAAGUUCAAUGUUAAUAUAUAUUCUUAAUAACUUAAUUCAAUUGCCCUAGCGAUUAGUAAAUGUAAUGCA